GCCCCCUUGUUUCCCUGGAGACGCUCUCGGCGUCCUCUCUGUUCGCCCCGGCGGUGCCAGGCAGCCGAACCAACGCGGGAGGAGGGGGCAGCGCGGCGCCAGCACCUGCUACCGGUGGGCGACUCACUUCGGCGAAACAGGAAGCUGGAGUUGCUCCCCAGGGCCAGUCCACCGAGGCUGAAGUCUAUAAGCCUAGGGAGACCUUCAGCAGCCAUCUGCAAAUUCCAAAAUGACCACCCUGCCCCCACUGCCCAUGACACGCCCAAAGCUUACAGCCUUAGCCAGACAGAAGCUGCCAUGCUCCCCCACGACUAUUCCCAGGUCUCAAUUGAUCAAAGAAAAAGAUGACAUAGAUCAUUAUCUGGAGGUGAAUUUCAAAGGAUUGUCAAAAGAGGAGGUUGCUGCUUAUAGGAACUCGUACAUGAAGAACAUCUGUGUGGAUAUGCUGCGAGACGGAUACCACAAGUCCUUCACAGAGCUCUUUGCCCUCAUGGAGCAGUGGGAUGCCCUGAGGGAGGUUGCGAGAGUCAGAUCCCUCUUUUGGCUGCAGAAACCGCUGGAAGAACAGCCUGAUAAACUGGAUUACUUCUACCACUACCUGACCAGAGCUGAGGCCGCAGAGAGGAGAGAACACUUUGAAGAUGUAUAUAACAACUUGUAUGCUCUGGCCUGUUACUUCAAUAAUUCUGAAGACAAGUGGGUAAGAAACCACUUUUAUGAGCGAUGUUUUAAGAUUGCACAGCAGAUCAAGAUUGACGGUGGGAAGAAGGAAGCCGAGGCGCAUGCGCACAUGGGACUUCUCCAUGAGGAAGAUGGUCAGCUUCUGGAAGCUGCUGAGCAUUAUGAAGCAUUCCAUCAAUUGACGCAGGGGCGGAUAUGGAAGGAUGAGACAGGCCACUUUCUCAACUUGUUGGCCUGCAAGAGUCUCCUGAGGACUUACAGAUUACUCUCAGACAAAAUGCUGGAAAAUAAAGAAUACAAACAGGCCAUCAAAAUUCUAAUAAAAGCUUCUGAAAUCACCAAAGAAGGAAGUGACAAGGAGAUGCAAGGAGAAGCGUCUUACUACUUGGGCUUAGCCUACUUGGCUGUCGGAGAACAUGAAACUGCACUCAGAGCCCUUAACACUUACAGUCAAAUCUCCGCAGACCUGGAUGAUGAUCUCAGCCUGGGGAGAGCCUAUGAGGCGAUCGCCAAGGUCCUGCAGAGCCAAGGAGAGACAACAGAAGCAAUUAAAUACUUGGAAAAAGUUGUUAACAUUGCAAGAAACCGUUUUCAAAGCCUAGAUAUUGUGAGAGCGAGUACUUUGCUUGGGGACAUCUACAAUGAAAAAGGAUACUACAAUAAAGCUUCUGAAUACUUUCAGCAAGCUUUUGACACAACAGUAGGGAUAAUGAACACACCUCUGAUGGAUGAAACAAAAGUCCAUUACGGAAUAGCAAAGGCUCACCAGAUGAUGCUGACGGUGAACAACUAUGUAGAAUCUGCAGAUCUCACCAGCCUCAACUACCUGCUCUCAUGGAAGGAGAGAAGGGAUGACAUUGAACCUGAUCCAGUUGUUGGAGAGUUUAGAGGAUGCACAGUGGAACAUGUGUCUCGAAACUCAGAACAUUUGGAAGAACUCAGAGGAUUUCCAAAUGAUCAAAAAAAUGAAACAUAAAGCAGCUUUUGACUCAACAUCAAAGCAAGAAGAAAUUUGUCACAUCACCUUAGAUUCCAAUACUUGUAAUAGAAGUAUGCUACAAAUAAUAUGGAGUUAUAAUAAAACUGACUGUGUUUUCAUUGGA